UAUAAUGUAUACGCAACGUAUGUUUGACAUGUGGAGCAGUGUUACAUGCAAGCUGGAAGCACACGCAAACAAUUUAGGGCAAAGCAACGUACAAUCGCCGGGACACAACAACUCCAGUGGAUCAAUAAAAGCUCAAAUUGAAAUAAUUCCAUGCAAAGUCUGUGGUGACAAGUCAUCUGGCGUACACUAUGGCGUUAUAACUUGUGAAGGCUGUAAAGGUUUUUUUCGCCGAUCACAAAGUUCAGUGGUGAAUUAUCAAUGCCCUCGCAAUAAACAAUGUGUUGUCGACCGUGUUAAUCGUAAUCGGUGCCAAUACUGUAGACUGCAAAAGUGCCUAAAAUUGGGAAUGAGUCGUGAUGCUGUAAAAUUCGGUAGGAUGUCGAAGAAACAGCGUGAGAAAGUGGAAGAAGAGGUGAAGUUUCAUAAGGCGCAGCUGCAAGCACAUAGUGACGCGGCGCCGGAUAGUUCAGUUUUUGAUACGCAAACACCAUCGAGUAGCGAUCAACUGCAUCAUAAUUACAAUGGCUAUGGCUACUCAAGCAAUGAAGUGAGCUAUGGCAGUCCCUACGGCUACUCGACAUCGGUGACACCGCAACAGACGAUGGCCUACGAUAUAUCAGCGGAUUACGUCGACAGUACCACGUACGAGCCGCGUGGCACGAUAAUGGAUCCGGACUUCGUCAGUCAUGCUGAUGGCGACAUCAAUGAUGUUCUUAUAAAAACCUUAGCCGAGGCACAUGCAAACACAAGCACCAAACUCGAAGCCGUACACGAUAUGUUUCGGAAGUCUCAGGAUAUUUCGAGGAUACUUUACUACAAGAAUCUGGGUCAAGAGGAGCUGUGGCUAGACUGCGCUGAAAAGCUAACACAAAUGAUACAAAAUAUAAUCGAAUUUGCGAAACUGAUACCCGGAUUUAUGCGAUUAAGUCAGGAUGAUCAGAUUCUGCUACUGAAAACUGGAUCAUUCGAAUUGGCCAUCGUGCGUAUGUCACGAUUGCUCGAUCUCUCACAGAAUGCGGUACUUUAUGGUGACGUAAUGCUGCCGCAGGAAGCAUUCUACACAUCCGAUUCGGACGAGAUGCGUCUGGUAUCGCGAAUCUUUCAAACGGCUAAAUCGAUAGCUGAACUGAAACUGACUGAAACAGAGUUGGCGCUGUAUCAAAGUUUAGUGCUACUCUGGCCAGAGCGAAAUGGGGUGCGCGGUAAUACAGAAAUCCAGAGGCUUUUCAAUUUAAGCAUGAAUGCAAUAAGACAGGAGCUUGAAGCGAACCAUGCGCCCUUAAAGGGCGAUGUGACUGUUUUAGAUACAUUGUUAAACAAUAUACCGAAUUUCCGCGAUAUCUCCAUUAUGCACAUGGAAGCACUGAGCAAAUUCAAGCAACAACAUCCGAAUGUCGUCUUUCCGGCGUUAUACAAAGAACUGUUUUCAAUAGAUUCGCCGCAGGAUCUCACAUAACAUCAAGAAAAUUAUGUGGAGACUACCAACGCAAUCGAUGCGCCGGACACGUUGGAUGCGUUGACGUAGAAAAGAAACAGAGCUACUAGAUACGGAGAUGGAGCACGAGAGCGAGAGCGAGGACGAGGGCGAAAUGGCAAGUAACGCAUUCAAUGCAUGCAACUGGUUGCUGCUUCAAUAACUUUUUGUUGUGCAUGCGCGUGCGCGCGAUUAAUAGCUGUGUCAAAACAACAACAACAACAACUAUACAUUUAACCAACCAACAGCAACAUGAGCAAUACCCCCAAACAACAACAAUGUAUGUACAUGCAGAAGAUCCUAGAGCAGCCAGUCAAAUAACCAGGAAGCGUCCGAAGUUUUUUUUUCGGGAUUUAUAUAGAGAAACAGCAAACCAUUUAUUCUCAUUUCAUUCACUGCUAUGGAAAAAUACAGAAGCAAAAACAAAAAAACAACAAAACAAAAAAGUGCUAGACAUGCAGAAAAAUAGUAAAUCAUAAAUUAAUUUCAAGCCACAUAAAAGAGAAUAACAAAAAAAAAAAACACAAACGAAAACAAAAACAAAAAAUAA